AUGGCUAUUGCAACACAAUUACAAAAAAACAAGAAAAGUUUGAAGGACUACAAGCCAAUGCCAUAUCUAAAAGAUUUUGUAAUUUCCUUUCUUGGAAAUAGGCUUAUUUAUGAUGAGAGACAAUAUGAUCUGGUUGCUCAAGAACAAAUUCCAAUCCCUACUUUGGAAUCUUCCAUUUGCAACAUUGAUAGAAAAGAUGAACUUACUGAUCUUUUAAAGUUGAAUGAUCUAAUAAUAUGGGAUGAGGCUCCAAUGGCUAACAAAUUUUGCUUUGAGGCUCUUGACAAAUCUUUGAAGGAUAUUAUGAGUAUUAAUGGAGAAGCGCCUCAAAAUAUAUUUGGAGGGAAGGUUGUUAUUUUUUGUGGUGAUUUCAGACAAAUUCUUCCUGUUAUACCAAGAGGUAGUAGAUCAUAUAUUAUUCAUGCAACCAUUAAUGCUUCUUAUAUAUGGGAUCAUUGCAAGGUACUCAAACUUACAAAGAACAUGCGCUUGCAAAGUGGAGCAAUGACAUGUACCGCAAAUGAUAUUCAAAUUUUUCUGGAGUGGAUCUUAAAAUCUGGAGAUGGGACAAUGUCUGAACCAAAUGAUGGUUAUGUUGAGAUUACAAUUCCCCAAGAGUUUCUCAUUUCAAAAUUUUCAGAUCCUAUAGAGACUAUUGUUGAAAGUACCUACCCCGAUCUCAUUCAUAACUACCAAGAUUCCAAUUACCUUCAAAGUCGUGCAAUUCUGGCUUCAACUAUUGAAGUAGUGGAUGAUAUCAAUCAAGACAUCACAAACCUUCUUUCAGGAGAAGAAAAUGAAUACUUCAGUAGCGAUUCUGUAGAUAGAUCCGAAGCAACUGAUUUUGAUGCAUUUGAAUACUUGACACCUAAAUUCUUGAAUGCUCUUAAAACAUCAGGAUUGCCUAAUCAUUCAAUAAAGUUGAAAAUUGAGACCACAAUAAUGUUGUUGCGUAACUUGGAUCAAUCAGAAGGAUUAUGCAAUAGUACGCGACUCAUUGUAACAAGGCUUGUUAAUCAUAUCAUUGAAGCUAAGAUCAUUUCUGGAAAGAAUAUUAGAAAUAUCAUUUAUAUUCCAAGAGGUCAAUCUUUAGACAAUGUUGAUUUAUACUUGCCAAAAGAUGUUUUUAGUCAAGGUCAAUUGUAUGUGGCACUUUCUAGAGUCAAGCCUAAAGAAGGUCUUAAGAUUUUGAUUCAUGACAAAGAUAUACAGACUAUGCAUACUACCAUUAGUGUUGUCUUCAAGGAAGUUUUUCAGAACAUUCAAUAG